AUCAGUGUAAGUUAAUUCACUGUUAUGCCGGAAACGUUGGUUCAGUUCAUGACCAACAAGUGUUUCGUUUGCCUGAAUUACACUAGGACAUAAACAACCCUACAAAAUUUCCCAACAACUCCCAUCUUGUUGGUGAUGCAGCCUACACGUUGCAAGAACACCUAUUGGUACCAUAUUUAAGUAUUUAACUUUUUAAUUUUUUUUUUUGUAAAAUAUUUUGUAUUUAACUUUUAAGCCGGGGACCAAUUGUCCGGGGACCGAUUGUCCUAAAUCCAGACGAACGCACCCUAUAGCGUAUUUUUUUCGCGCCCUAACGACGUUGGCUAUCGUCUGUCAGGCAACAACACGUACAUGAUAAGAUAUGUUGAUAGUAGGAAUGGUGCGCGCGUGCAUGCGCGUACGUAACUUGGAACUAGCUGUAGUGAUCCGCUCGUCGUAUCGCCACUUAAUGGCAGGUAGUUUAAUCAAGGUUGUUGGCUUGCAUACUACUUCCCUCAUUGUGAACACACUGUCAAUAGUACUACCACUCUCGUCCAUUCGACGACAUUUUAAUUAUUGAGGUUAACAUAACAUUGUUAUUCGAUUAUUCUGCUUUCUUCCGUAUAGUGUUCACGGUUUUCAUUUUGCUUGGUCCCGCUGCCUGGUUUAUUUAUCCAACGCCGCAACUUUUGGAUUUUCGACAUGAGUUCCAGGCGAACUAAUUGUAAUAAAAAAAAUGAAUGUGAAGGGCAAGAAGAAGAAUAUGAUGUUGAAAAGAUUUUAGAUAAGCGUUCGACGUAUGGGAUAGUAGAAUACUUUCUCAAGUGGAAGGAUUAUGAUGAUUCUUAUAACUCUUGGGAACCUAUGGAAAAUAUGAAAUGUGAUGGUUUAAUCGCAUCUUUCGAAAAUCAAUUAAAAGAAUUUGAUAUGACUCAAGCAAAACAUGGGCGUAAAAGGGCACGAUCCAAUACAAAUGUUAAAAAGACUUCUCUUCUAUCAGAAAAUAAGGAUGUUAUAUCUGAUGAGUCUGAAGAUAACGAUUUAGUCAGUAGAGAAGAUAGUGAUGAGGUUGAUGAAAAAGACAACAAUUUGACACCGAUAAAUAAAAAUGAUUCUAUUGACAAUACUGAGGUGCCCAAAAGGAUAAUAGCAGAAAAAAUUAUUAGUUGUGUUAAAUCCCAAGGCGAUGUGAUGUAUUUUAUUAAGAUAGAAGGAACUGAAAAACCUAAGUGGUUUAAUGCUAAAGUUGUCCAUGAAAUGUGCCCACAACUUCUUAUCAAAUACUGUGAAUCUAAUUUAGUAUGGGCCACUGAAAAUUGAAUAAGAAAUAACAAUAAUUAUGUGAACCAAAAUUAUAAACAAGAAACAUGAAUUUUUUUUAUAAUUGAAAAAUAAAAAGUAAAAAAUGUAUUUUAUUAAAAUAUAUUAAAAUUAUAUUAAGUAUUUGAUUCAAUAUAUUUUUAUUUAAUAUAGCCAGUCACCUUUGUUUGAACUUGAUUACUAUGUCAAUAUUUUUUAUAACGGUAUUAUUAUUAUGAUAAAAGUAAAUAAUGAACGAGCUUUUAAA